GGAGGAGAGGCUCGGACAUGGAUCUAGGUAGACUCAGCACUGGCCCGUCUGAUAGAGAGCGGAAUUGUUUUUAAAUGUGAAGAAAAAAAAAACGAGAGGCCUUAGAGAAAACAAAGCGAAGGAAAUACCCAUCCCGGCACAAAACAUUAAAUAGAUCAAUGGACUGAAUGAGGGCUGAAUGAAGACUGCUUAUAACGCCUAUCGAUGCCUGGCCAAGGAUCUGGAUGCCUACGCCAUGAACCCAGAGAUGACAAUGGACAGCAUUGGCAAUCUGCAUGGCGGACUGAGCCAUGACCAGGACUUGAUGAACAGCCACAGCCCCCAUCACAAUAGGAACCCGGGGGCUUCUCUGCGGUUACAUCAGGAUCUGGCUGCUGCGUCGUCGCGGUCCGCCAUGGUGUCCAGCAUGGCAACGAUUCUGGACGGAGCCGGAGACUACCGACCAGAAUUAUCGCACCCGCUCCAUCACGCUAUGAGCAUGCCGUGUGAUACAUCCCCACCGGGAAUGGGUAUGAACGGCACAUACACCACGUUAACUCCACUUCAACCUUUACCCCCCAUUUCAACCGUUUCGGACAAAUUCCACCAUCCGCAUCACCAUCACCACCACCACCAUCAGCGUCUCUCUGGGAACGUAAGCGGGAGUUUCACGCUGAUGCGGGACGAGAGGGGUUUACCAGCAAUGAACAACCUCUACAGUCACUAUCAUAAGGACAUGACCGGGAUGGGUCAGAGUUUAUCCCCCCUGGCCAGCAGCCCUCUUGGCAAUGGCUUGGGUUCUCUUCAUAACACACAGCAAAACCUCCAUAACUAUGGCACUCAUGGGCACGACAAGAUGCUAAGCUCAAACUUCGAUGCCCACACUGCCAUGCUGGCCAGGGGGGAUCAACACCUCUCACGAGGCCUCGGUGGCCCCACGGCAGGUAUGAUGCCGCAUUUGAACGGGAUGCACCACACCGGGCACCCGGGCCACUCUCAAUCCCACGGGCCUGUGUUGGCUUCCAACCGGGACAGACCGCCCUCCUCCUCGGGACAACAAGGUAACAACUCGGGGCAGCUUGAAGAGAUCAACACGAAAGAAGUGGCACAAAGGAUCACAGCCGAACUGAAGCGGUAUAGCAUCCCCCAGGCUAUAUUCGCUCAGAGGGUGCUGUGUCGCUCGCAAGGCACCCUUUCAGACCUCUUAAGGAACCCCAAACCUUGGAGUAAACUUAAAUCUGGAAGGGAGACCUUUCGAAGGAUGUGGAAGUGGCUGCAGGAACCCGAGUUUCAGAGGAUGUCAGCCCUACGGCUUGCAGGUACCAGUAGAGAGCACGCCAUGAUUGGGUCAAAUGGAAUGCACUGUCAGACACUGACAACAUUGUGCACAGGGACCCAAAACUAUGUCCUACAUUAUCCAGUGAGAUGAUGAAUUCACCUGGCUUUGUGACAGUCCUACAUUAUCCAGUGAGAUGAUGAGUUCACCUGGCUUUGUGACAGUCCUACAUUAUCCAGUGAGAUGAUGAGUUCACCUGGCUUUGUGACAGUCCUACAUUAUCCAGUGAGAUGAUGAAUUCACCUGGCUUUGUGACAGUCCUACAUUAUCCAGUGAGAUGAUGAGUUCACCUGGCUUUAAGACAGUCCUACAUUAUCCAGUGAGAUGAUGAAUUCACCUGGCUUUGUGACAGUCCUACAUUAUCCAGUGAGAUGAUGAAUUCACCUGGCUUUGUGACAGUCCUACAUUAUCCAGUGAGAUGAUGAAUUCACCUGGCUUUGUGACAGUCCUACAUUAUCCAGUGAGAUGAUGAAUUCACCUGGCUUUGUGACAGUCCUACAUUAUCCAGUGAGAUGAUGAAUUCACCUGGCUUUGUGACAGUCCUACAUUAUGCAGUGAGAUGAUGAGUUCACCUGGCUUUGAGAUUCAAGAUAAAUUCGCCAAUGUUGUAAACUACGGUAUAAGGAUCUGUUUUUACUGAGAAACACGUGUCACCACUAUAUCACAGAUCUGUUUUUACUGAGAAACACGUGUCCCACUAUAUCACAGAUCUGUGUUGCUGAGAAACAUGUGUCACCACUAUAUCACAGAUCUGUGUUACUGAGAAACGUGUCACCACUAUAUCACAGAUCUGUUUUACUGAGAAACGUGUCACCACUAUAUCACAGAUCUGUUUUACUGAGAAACAUGUGUCACCACUAUAUCACAGAUCUGUUUUACUGAGAAACGUGUCACCACUAUAUCACAGAUCUGUGUUGCUGAGAAACAUGUGUCACCACUAUAUCACAGAUCUGUGUUACUGAGAAACGUGUCACCACUAUAUCACAGAUCUGUUUUACUGAGAAACAUGUGUCCCACUAUAUCACAGAUCUGUGUUGCUGAGAAACAUGUGUCACCACUAUAUCACAGAUCUGUGUUACUGAGAAACGUGUCACCACUAUAUCACAGAUCUGUUUUGCUGAGAAACAUGUGUCCCACC